CCAUAAUGUCAUAUACAUAAAAAUCACGAGAUGGGGUGACAAAAUUCUGAGGAGCAACCAUAGGCUUCAAGUGCUACGAAUCAACCAAAUAAGUGAUUCCCCUAUUGAAAACAUCCUUUGCUAAGCAAAAUAGAAGAGUAGACAAAAGGUCUCCUUGUUGCACCCCACGCUUACAAGCAAAAUAUCCAGUAGGCUGUCCAUUAAACAAAAUGGAAAACAUAGAAGACUUGAGAAUUACAUGCACUCAUAAUUAGAUAUGAUUUCGAUUUUCAGAUGACCGACUUAUUCCAUGAUCUUGCACCAUUAUUGUGGAAUGCUUUUGGUAUUGCUGCAGUCUUUUUACAGGAAAUAAUUUCAACAUAUCCUGCUCUUUCACCACCUACUCUUACUCCAGCUCAUUCAAUUCGAGUCUGCAAUGCUCUUGCACUACUUCAGUGUGUGGCAUGUCACCCUGAUACAAGGAUGUUAUUGAUCAAGGCUUAUAUACCUCUCUAUUUGUAUCCGAUCCUUCGAACCACAAACAUGUCAGCACCAUAUGAGUUUUUGAGGCUUGCUAGUCUUGGAGUCAUUGGUGCCUUGGUGAAGGCUAACACUAAAGAAGUUUUUACUUUCCUUCUUUCAAGCGAGAUAAUUCCGCUGUGUUUGCUCAAUAUGGAAAUCGGCAGAGAAACGACAAAAACAAUUGCAACAUUUAUAGUUGAGAAGAUUAUGUCGGACGAGGUUGGUUUGGACUAUGUUUGUGCUACAGCAGAGCGUUAUUUCGCAGUUGGUAGAGUUUUGGAUAUUGUGUUGGAAAGUCUUGAGAAACAACCUUCACCUCGUCUUUUGAAGAUUAUAAUUCCAUGUUAUGCUCGUUUGUCUUCUAAUCCCAGGGCUGGCCUUGCAUUAACAAGCAAUCUUCCAGACAACUUUGGGGAUGUCACUUUCAUUGAUGGCCUUCGUGAAGACCCAACAACUUGGAAUUGGGUAAAGCAGUUGCUUGACAAUGCUAGGGCGAACCAAGCUCGUUCAGUGAUAGGCAGAGGAGGAGGAGGAGGAAUUGAUGACAAUGUGGCACCAUCAUCAGAAUAAUUAUAUAUGCAUUGCUCCAUUUACUUUAGAAAAGUCAAUAAUUGCUUAUGUGUUAAGCUGUAAUAAUUACUUACUACCUUGAAUUUGAAGACGUUGCUUGCUUGGUUGUGCUGAUCAUAAUUUGUAAACCAAUUUUGUGGUUCUUUUGACUCCUUGAUGGAUGCUCAAGUUUAUGGUAACAUAAUUAAAUGCUUGUUUUUAUUUUGACUA